ACUUACUUCCUUUUGAAUACUUAGAGAGAGGGGGAGACAGCAGCAGGAGCAGCACAGGCUUUUAACUCAAGAUAUUAAGAUGAGCGCAGACACGGCAGAGCACACGGAGGCUCCAGGUGAACAGACGGAGCGAAACGGAAUCGACUUCAGUCGCCAGAUAAAAACAGAGGACAUUCAUGACUCACCUCAUUCAGGCUCCACCGUGAAGACAUGCCACCUGACACAGAGCUCUCCAGUGCAUGGAGGUCAGCUGACUGGGGAGCUCACAUCUCUCCACCCCAUGCAGCAGCUGGUUCUGAUGCCUCCUUCUCACCUGUCAUCUCCCUCCCCCUUCCUGCUCUCCCAGAGUCCCUCAAGUCACCAAGCCCUUCUGCAGCAGAACCUGCUGUCUCUUCCCAGCCAGAGUCCAACUGGUCUUCUUCAGCAUCAGCCUGGUCUGGCUCUGACUCCACAGGCUAUGGGUCGCUCGGGUCUGGCAGGACCUUCCAUGGAGAACCACAUGGACAUGUCCCACCUGCAGAUGCCCAAACACAUGUCGGUGCCUCCACAGGAGGAACCUAACGAGCUGGAGGAUCUGGAGCAGUUUGCUAAAGCAUUCAAACAAAGACGGAUCAAACUGGGUUUCACUCAGGGAGAUGUUGGCCUUGCAAUGGGAAAACUCUACGGGAAUGACUUCAGCCAGACCACAAUCUCUCGAUUUGAGGCCCUGAACCUGAGCUUCAAAAACAUGUGCAAACUCAAACCUCUGCUGGAGAAAUGGCUGAGCGAUGCCGAGAACUCACCUUCUGACUCGAUGAGCAAUUCCAGCUCUCUGCCGACCCUGAUGGAGGGCUACGGGCGCAAACGGAAAAAGAGGACGAGCAUUGAAACCAACAUCAAAAUGACUCUGGAGAAACGUUUCCUGGAUAACCCUAAGCCCAACUCUGAGGAGAUAACCCUGAUCUCAGAGCAGCUGUCCAUGGAGAAGGAGGUGGUUCGAGUUUGGUUCUGUAAUCGUCGCCAGAAAGAGAAGAGGAUCUACUGCCCGACGGCAACUCUACCUGUCAAGUCUCACACCUACAACUCCAGGAUGGCCUCUGCAUCCAGGUCCUACAGCCCUCUGGCUUCAGGUGGAGUUUCUUCAAGUUCAUCCCCAAAUAGUAUGAGCCGUGAGGCAUCUCCCAACGGUCUGUCUGCAGCCUCCACCUCUCUAACCUCUCCAGUCAGUGCAGCUUCCUACAGCACGCCAGGGUCAUGGUACCGCACAUGGAACCAUCCCACGUAUCACCACUGAAAAACUGUAUGACAUGAAGUUUUUGAAGGUAGUUUUCUUCUAGAAGGAUGCACACUGAAGAUG